CCCGUUCGCCUCACUCUCUCCGACCCUUUUCUGAUCGGAACUCUCUCUCUCUCGCUCUCUCUCCGCCAUGGGGCUACUGGACCAGCUGUGGGACGACACGCUUGCCGGACCGAUGCCGGACUCCGGUCUGGGAAAGCUCCGGAAGCACCCAUCCUUCACUUCCCGGUCCACCGCCGUCAAGGAAUCCAAUGGGAAGAGUUACGAGGAAGGAACGCCGCCGUCCUCGACGGAGGAGCCACUUAAAGUUUCCAGACGAAUUAUGAUCGUAAAGCCGCCGGGAUAUCAGUACGGUUCGCCGCCGGUUUCGCCGGGCGGCUCCUCCACGCCGCCGCUUUCUCCUUUUUCCGAGAAUCAUUCCGAUUUCGAAGAAGAUCGACGUCAGAUGCUUACGAGAAGACGACAAGCGAAGUCGGAACUCGGACUCCUACUUCUCCUUAUGACAUGCGAGAUAUGAUAUGAUAUGAACUCGUAAUCUUCUUCAGCUUGAUGGGUCGAUGACCGAUGAUGACUAUGAUGUAAUAUGAGUCCUUAAAAAAGUGUUAGCCUUUUGUUGGGAAAUGUCGAAAACAGAGUCGUGAGUUUACGUGUGCAAUAGUUCUAAUUAUGUGUUUGGGUUUGUUAUGAAGCGUGUGUGGGGGCAUGUUGUUGUGUAUAUGAAUGAGUGAUGGUUGUAGUUAUCACUUGUUAUAAUGCCUCAAUUAACAAUAAUGGUGUUUUUUUAA